AUGCCCCCCAGCCCCCUCGAGGUCGCCGUCCGGGCCGCCGUCGCUGGCGACCUCCGGCUCAUCAAGGAAAUGGCGACCACUAUGGACCUGCGGCGAGGCAUGGGGAGAAACGGCCGCAACAUGCUCCACUUCUCGGCGACCGCGGGGGUGCUGGACUUCUGCAGGUUCCUCGUCGAGGAGGCGGGCUUCCAUCCCAACUCCGUCUCGGCGGAAGGCGAGACGCCCAUCUUCACCGCCACCGAGGCCGACGGCGGUGGCGCCGCAAUCGUCUCUGUCGUGCGGUACCUCAUCGAGCGUGGUGGCGACCCGGCGAAGCCCGACGCCAAGGGGUGCACGCCGCUGCACAAAGCCGCGGAGUUUGGGCACGUCGAGGUUGUGAGGCUGCUGCUGUCCAAGGGUGUUCCCGUGGAUCCUAUCGAACGUCGCGGCACGCCGCUGCACUUGGCCGCGGUGACUGACAAUCACCAGUCUCUCAAGCUCCUGCUGGAUCAUGGCGCUGAUCCCAAUAGAGUUGUCACUCGUAUAUUUUCUCCGCUCCUUAUGGCAUGCAUUGGUCACUCCUUCAAAUGCUUGAAGCUAUUAGUCGAGGCUGGUGCUGAUGUGAAUUUUGCUGGAGCUGACCCUAAUAUUCCUGAUGGGAAUGGCAGACUCCCAAUCAUGCUAGCAGCUACUCGUGAGAAACGUGAGCUUGUUGAGAUUCUACUUCCUCAGACAAAGCCAAUUCCAUUUGUGCCAGACUGGAGUGUUGAUGGGAUUAUCAGGGCUAUGAAAUUGAUACAGUCGUCCGAGCCUCGGGAGUUGGUGGAAAAACGAUUAGCUGAUGCCAAGGCACAAGGAAAGGAAGCAUUUGCAGAUGGGCACUAUGUGGCUGCCGCCUACUACUAUAUGCGGGCAAAAGAGAUUGAUCCAAAUGAUGCCACCGUAUUCUCCAACCUGAGCCUAUGCUGGUUGCGGCUGAGAGAAGGGGAACAGGCUUUGGCAUACGCUCGGCAAUGCAAAGCGUUGCGUCCUGAUUGGUCCAAGGCAUGGUACCGUGAGGGCAUGGCUCUCAGCUUCCUCGAGAACUAUGAAGGAGCGGUCAAUGCGCUCCAUGAAGCGCUAAAACUUGACCCUGCAAGCAACGAGAUCAAGGAAGCAUUACGAGAGGCCGUGGAGGUACACUUGAACUCCCUGUUGGAUGGAGAGGACCCCUGAGCGGCUGCUUCCUUUCACAUACCGUCUUGCAUUCCUAAUCCUCCUCCGCACUGUAUCUGUAUGGGACUGAUACUAAAUGCUGCCAAAAUGUGCUGCGGCAAAGGACCAACUGGUUUAGUUUUAUUUGCUCUUUUGCAAGAUCAUUUUGUGGUUUUCAGUAUGUAAGCAAGCUUAUUAGCCAGGAAGCAUGCGUAUCGAUGGACUGGAUCGUCGAUCUUGCACUCUAAAUAUUCACGUACUGUAGACUGUGGAUGUGUUCCAAGAACAUGGACUUAUUACUAGCGGUCAGGGGGCAUAUAGUUAUGUGCUAGUGCACGUUAUUUCGUUGAAACUGGUUGGGUAUCACUAUCACAUUUGCAGUCUUGUCGAUCAA